AUGUUGAACAUUUGGGAACCAGUUCCGCACACGGAAUCGAUUCCUACGAUUCCGGAAUUGCUUGCCGAAAUCCGGCGGCAAAGAACCAGCCGGAACUUGCUGGAAUCGGCGAAAACUGUGCCGGAAUCGAGAAGAGCUGUACCGGAGUCGACUGAGAUUUCAACGGAUCCAGUCACCGGAAUGAUCGACCUGGGGAGCAGUUCUUAUAUUAUAUUAAACAUCAACGACAAGCGAAAAUGGAUUGCGAUGUUUCAGGAUUAUAAACCAUCGGUGAAUAUGCAAGCAUUAUUUGGUAGCAUUGUUGAUGGUGGUGCUGUGUUGACUAGGGGUAUUGUCAGUCAAUAUUUUGGAACAUCAACUGAUGAAAAUAGUAAUCAACAGCUACAUACAGAUCCGUCGCAAACUACUGAUGCAGUAAAUAAUGCAACACCUAAUAAAGUCGACACUUAUGCGGGAGUCGCGGGUCUUUCGUUGCCGGUGGCUACGUUUGAUGGAUUGAAAGCUUGGUUAUCAACUCAUGUUUCUCAAUAUAAGAAGAAUAUCGAAGGUUGUAUGUUAAAAAAAUUAGAAGGUUUUAUGAACGAAAGUGUAAAAGAAUAA